CCACAUGACUUAAUUUAUCUUUUACUUAUGGAAAACCAUUUCAAAUAUUUGUUUGAAGUACCCCAAAUUAAAUCUACCGCCAAAAGCACAAACAGAAUUUAUUAAAAAAAGUCUUUUUUGCUAGUGUUGCCAGUUUUAAAAUAAAUUAAAAGCAUACGAAAUAUAUGAUGAAAACAAAGAGAACAAACCCAAACGAAAGAAGAAGGUAAAAAGUAUAAAUAAGUUUUUUUCGUGAAAUUCACGAAAAUUCGCUGCUGGGCAUCACGAGGCAAAUGCGAUAAUUAAAAGUGCGAAAAAACGACUGAUAGAAGCCACACAACAACAAACAAUCGGGAAUGGCGUUGCUCCUCGUCCACCUGCGUCGCCUCAUUUUGCUGCUGAGCGUCGUCUAUUUGACCGGCGCUGCCUUCCGUCGCCUGCUCACCGAACGCCACUACGGAUAUGUGUUGCAGCCACAUAGAUACGGUACCUGGGGGCACAGGGGCAGCUGGACAAAGGAUCCAGUGCACUUUCAAUGGUGGGCAUACAUUUACAUUUGCUACGCUUAUUUGAUGCUGGUCAAUUAUGUCAAUAUGCGUCGAUUGACCAACUUGAUUGAGUUCUUUUUAAGUUGAUAUUC